AUGCCUGGAAGGCCCAAAACAAAAAGAGUAAUAGAUAUGAUUGAAAAAGUGGGAAAACAUAGAGUGUCAAAGAAGGGUAAGAAAAUAUCAUGUAAUUUGUGCCAAGGGGAAGGUGAUAAUAAGAAGACUUGUCCAUCCUUUGAUAGGCCAAGACUAGAGAAGUUACCAACAAGGGUUAAGAGGACUAAGACAACAAAGGGUCAAAAUAUGGAGAGUGGUACUUCACAAGUGGCAUGUGGAGUGGAAGGUGGAGGUGGGACUGGAAUGGAAGGUCGGGGUACAAAAGUUAUAAGGGAGACUGGGACUUCACAAGUGACAUUGGAGAGGGUUAAUGGACGAAUUCCACAAGUUAAGAGGAGGAAAAAGAGUGAAAUGAUCAUCAAGAAAAAAUUGGCUACCCAAAUUAUGGGAAAGAAUGGAGAGGGGAGCAUUGCAGAAAAACCCGUUACCAUCAGAUAA